CAGGCUGCUGGUAGCUUGACUGUGCAAAGACGGCAAGAAGCGACCGACCGGCGGGGGAGGCAGGCAAGGCAAAGGAAAGGACAGGGGGAAUUUAGGCUGUGUCCCGUAUUUGGAAUAAGCAAGACUAGACUACAGCUUUGCUCCUGACGUGAAACAAGCUCCUCUGUAACCUUCAAAAAAAGGACUCGCAUUUUUUGACGGCUAACUCACUGUUAGCGUGUUGGAACUCUUGAACUAACCGUCGUGUUGAACUGUGAAGAAACUAGGGACGUUUGUUUUCCGGACGAAGAAUGGGAUUUAAAGAACAUAUCUGCCAGCACUGAGUUGUGAAAACAAGGGAAUAUUUUCCAGUUGGAUGGAAAAUUAACCAUUCUGUCGAAAGGGGCCAAAUUCAGUUAAGCUCUGUUAACACUGUGCAUAUUGUGUGUCAGCUCCUGGAAAAAGGGGGCAACGAUGGCAUUUAGGAAGGAAGAAAAGUAACGUUAACGGUAGCUCGCUGGCUAGCUAAAUAGCUAACCUAGCAGGCUGCUAACUAAGCCUGUGUCGCCCUUCCAUUCCUGGAGCAGAGGAGGGGCGCUGGGGCUUUGUAGCAUUGCAGAUCUGCCUUGCAUUUUUGGGUUGCUGCAAGAAUGGAGAAUCCCAAAUAUCUGCCACAACAACUCAGGGGGAUCUUUUGAACCGUAACGACUCGAUUUUUCUACUACUUCCCACGCAGAGAAGACCAGAAAACUGCCAGCUAACGUUGGGAUUUCUUUAAAAAUCAGCCGGCCCGGGGCAGCCAGGGUCUGUAAUUGUGACUACUUCUUUUCGCAUAUGCCCUGUGGGGAUAGGUAUUAAAAAAUGGGGAAGUGCUUCACGUCUUAGAUACUGGAUCUUGAGAGGGAGAUCAUGAACAGGCCGGUUUUAACGCGGAAUUAGCCCCGGCUUGCCCUCAGCUCAAAGUUUUUAUUAAUUUUGUGACACAUUCAAGGUGAAAGAACUUCUGUACAGGCCCGUCUGUGCUAACUAACAGGCCGAGGUAGGUGUUUGCUCAUUUCCCUCCCCACCACCUCCAUCAUCAUUACUUCAGAAAUCAAUACGCCGGAAUAAUCAUGUCGGGAGAGGUGCGUUUGAAGAAGCUGGAGAAGCUGAUCCUGGACGGGCCAGCUGAGUCUAAUGGCCAGUGCCUGAGUGUGGAAACGCUGCUGGAUAUCCUGGUGUGCCUCUACGAUGAGUGCAACAACUCCCCGCUUAGAAGAGAGAAAAACAUCACGGAGUUUUUGGACUGGGCUAAACCCUUCACUUCCAAAGUAAAGCAGAUGCGCCUGCACAAGGAAGACUUUGAGAUCCUCAAGGUGAUUGGACGAGGAGCGUUUGGAGAGGUUGCAGUCGUAAAAGUGAGAAACACUGACAAGGUAUUCGCCAUGAAGAUUCUCAACAAGUGGGAGAUGCUGAAGCGAGCCGAGACGGCGUGUUUUCGGGAGGAGCGGGAUGUGUUGGUAAAUGGGGACUGCCAGUGGAUCACCACCCUGCACUACGCCUUCCAGGACGACAAUAAUCUGUACCUGGUCAUGGACUACUAUGUGGGUGGCGAUCUGCUGACUCUGCUCAGUAAGUUUGAGGACCGGCUGCCGGAGGAGAUGGCCAAGUUCUACUUGGCUGAGAUGGUACUGGCCAUCGACUCCGUUCACCAGCUACACUACGUCCACAGGGACAUUAAGCCCGACAACAUUCUGUUGGAUAUGAACGGCCACAUCCGCCUGGCUGACUUCGGCUCCUGCCUCAAACUCAUGGAGGACGGGACGGUCCAAUCCUCCGUGGCGGUGGGGACUCCAGACUACAUCUCCCCAGAAAUCCUUCAGGCCAUGGAGGAUGGGAAAGGCAAGUACGGACCUGAGUGCGACUGGUGGUCCCUGGGCGUCUGUAUGUAUGAAAUGCUGUAUGGCGAGACUCCUUUCUACGCAGAGUCCCUGGUGGAAACCUAUGGAAAGAUCAUGAACCACAAGGAGCGGUUCCAGUUCCCACAGCAGAUAACAGAUGUGUCGGAGGAUGCUAAGGAUCUGAUUCGCCGGCUCAUUUGCAGUCGAGAACACCGAUUGGGCCAGAACGGCAUUGAGGAUUUCAAGCACCACCCCUUUUUUACUGGUAUUGAUUGGGAAAACGUUCUCACCUGUGAGGCCCCAUACAUCCCAGAGGUCAGCAGUCCUACAGAUACCUCCAACUUUGAUGUUGAUGAUGACUGCCUAAAGAACUCGGAGACGAUGCCCCCUCCCUCUCACACUGCCUUCUCUGGCCACCACCUGCCCUUUGUGGGCUUCACCUACACCAGUAAAUGUACCCUCUCUGACCGGGGUUGCCUGCGACAGCUGGCAGGGCAGCCUGGUAAGGCAGGCCAGGACCAGUUGGAUCUGGAUGUCCAGCGUGGCCUGGAGGACAGCCUGGCCACAGAGGCCUACGAGAGGAGGAUCCGGCGCCUAGAGCAGGAGAAAGUAGAGCUGAGCCGCAAACUGCAAGAGUCAACACAGACAGUGCAGGCCCUGCAGCAUCCAACAGGCGAGGGCCUUCCCAGUUCUAACAAGGAGGUGGAGAUCAGGAGUCUGAAGAGCGAGAUCGACAUCCUCAAGAAGCAGAUCGCUGACUCGGGACAGCUUGAGAAGCAGCUGGAGGACGUGUCAUUGGCCCGCAGGGACCUGGAGGACACAUCUAAACACGUGAAAACUUUGGAGAAACAGAUGAAGAGCCUUACCCAGGAGAGGGAUGACAUGCACAAGGAUCUUGUGGAGGCCAACGAGAAGCUUAAGUCGCAGUCGAAGGAUCUGAAGGAAGCCCACAGCCAGAGAAAACUGGCCAUGCAGGAGUUUUCUGAGCUGAACGAGAGACUCACAGACCUCAGGUCAGUGAAGCAGCGCCUGGCUCGCCAGUUGCGCGACAAAGAGGAGGAGAUGGAGAGCCAGACUCAGAAGGUUGAGGCUCUCCGCCUUGAGGUGCGAAAGGCCGAGAGGGCCAAGAAGGAGAUGGAAGUGCAGGCGGAGGAGCAUUCAGCAGAGGCUCAGAAAGAGAGGAAGCUGAGAGAGCGUAAUGAGCAGUACAGCCGACAGCUGGAGGAGGAGUUGGAAGGGCUUAAGAUGAAGCAGGCCGGCUCCUCUGCCACCCCGGGCUCAGCAGACCAGAGCCAAGAGGUGGGACGCCUGCGGGGAGACCUGGAGAAGAAAACGCUCCUGUAUGAGGAGGAGCUGGCGCGAAGAGAAGCCCAGCACAGCACCGAGCUGAAGGCUCUGCGCAAGGAGCUGCGGGACGCUGAGAGCCAACAUCUUGCCCUACAGAAAGAGAUCCUGAUGCUCAAAGACAAGCUGGACAAGACUCGCCGUGAGAGCCAAAGCGAGCGGGAAGAGUUUGAAACAGAGUACAAGCAGAAAUACGAGAGGGAGAGAAUCCUGCUCACUGAAGAAAACAAGAAACUGUCCAGUGAACUGGACAAGCUGACCAGCAUGUUUGAGAAGGUGAGCAGCUCCAACAGGCAGCUGGAGGAUGAGAUGAGGGAGCUGGCUGACAAAAAGGAGAGUGUAGCUCACUGGGAGGCGCAGAUCACGGAAAUCAUCCAAUGGGUGAGUGACGAGAAGGAUGCUCGGGGCUACCUGCAGGCUCUGGCCACUAAGAUGACAGAAGAGCUGGAGGGACUGAGAAACACCAGCCUGGGAGCAAGAGCGACGGAUAUGCCAUGGAAGAUGCGGCGCUUCGCCAAGCUGGACAUGUCGGCCCGUCUCGAACUGCAGUCAGCCCUGGACGCUGAGAUCAGAGCCAAGCAGGGCAUCCAGGAUGAACUGAACAAGGUCAAGGCCAACAACAUGUCCACAGAAUGCAAACUGCAGGAAGUGGAAAGUAAAAACCAGGAGUUGCUGGCUGAGAUUGACAGACUGAAGAAAGAGACAGAGGAGCUGCGGCUACGAAGGGGUGUCAAGCACCAGGAUUCCCAGAAUUCCUUCUUGGCUUUUCUCAACGCCCCCACCUCAGCGCUCGACCAGUUUGAUCGCUCGCCAUCCGUUGGCCCAGCUAGCAAAGGCAGACGUGUGGACUCUAUGGAUAACUUCACCCCCUCCAACACUCCAUCCCGGGAAGAUGACCCUAAAUCCCACCUCAAGUCCCGCUCGCGGUCACCCUCCAUGGCUAGUGAUAUGGAACCCAUAGAGUUGAUAGACCAUCCUCCCCGUACAGUCCAGACCCCCACCAUGCGCUCGGGAGGGUACGGUAGUAUUGGACGCUCCUCUCCUAAGCCAAAAGCACAUCAGUUUGUGGUGAAGUCAUUCAGCACGCCCACUAAGUGUAACCAGUGCACUUCCCUCAUGGUGGGGCUCAUACGUCAAGGCUGUACCUGUGAAGUGUGUAACUUCUCCUGCCAUGUAACAUGUGCGGACAAGGCUCCUGCUGUGUGUCCCGUGCCCCAGGACCAGACCAAGGGCCCGCUGGGUAUCGACCCUCAGAGGGGUAUUGGUACUGCGUAUGAAGGGCACGUCAGGGUGCCCAAACCAACAGGGGUGAAGAAGGGUUGGCAGAGGGCGAUGGCUGUGGUGUGUGACUUCAAACUGUUCCUCUAUGAACUGGGAGAAGGGAAAGCCACGCAACCAAGUGUAGUAGUCAGCCAAGUCAUAGAUAUGAGGGAUGAAGAGUUUUCAGUCAGUUCUGUCCUGGCCUCUGAUGUCAUCCACGCCAGCCGCAAAGACAUCCCCUGUAUAUUCAGAGUGACAGCGUCCCAGCUCUCCCCCUCCAGCAAUCACAAGCCCUCCAUUCUGAUCCUGGCCGACAGUGAUCAGGAGAGGAACAAAUGGGUGGGCCUCCUUAACGAGCUCCACCGCAUCCUCAAGAAGAACAAGCUCAAGGAGCGCUUUGUCUACGUUCCCAAGGAGGCUUAUGACAGCACCCUGCCGCUCAUCAAGACGACACAGUCUGCUGCUAUCAUAGAUCAUGAGCGUGUCGCCCUGGGCAACGAGGAAGGCCUUUUUGUCAUCCAUGUCACCAAAGAUGAAAUAAUCCGGGUGGGGGACAACAAGAAGGUGCACCACAUCGACCUGAUUCCCCAGGAGCAGCUGCUGGCGGUCAUCUCCGGCAGGAACCGUCAUGUCCGUCUCUUCCCCACACAGGCCUUGGACGGCCGCGAGACCGAGUCCUACAAGCUUGCUGAGACAAAGGGCUGUCAGACCAUUGUCUCCGGCCCCGUCCGCAACGGCUCGCUCACCUGCCUCUGCGUGGCCAUGAAGAGACAAAUCAUAUGUUACGAGGUGAAUAAGAGUAAAGCACGUCACCGUCGGCUGCGAGAGCUACAGGCCCCGGGGCCCGUUCAGUGGAUGGGUCUGCUCAGCGAGCGUCUUUAUGUUGGGUAUCAGUCUGGCUUCACCCGCUACAGUGUCCAUGGCGACAUGUCCCCAGUCAGCCUGCUCCACCACGAGGACCACACCCUGGCCUUCAUCCCCCAGCAGGGCCUGGACGCCCUCUGCGCCGUGGAGAUUUCUAGCAAGGAGCUGCUGCUGUGCUUCAGCGCCAUCGGAGUAUAUGUGGACUCCCAGGGCCGCAGGUCACGUCAGCAGGAGCUGAUGUGGCCAGCUGUUCCCAACUCUGCCUGCUACAACGCCCCCUACCUGUCGGUGUACAGUGAGAAUGCUGUCGAUGUGUUUGAUGUCAACACCAUGGAGUGGAUCCAGACCAUCCCUCUCAAGAAGGUGCGACCUCUGAACGUUGAUGGCUCUCUGAACCUGCUGGGACUGGAAACAGUCCGGCUUAUCUACUUUAGAAACAAGAUGGCCGAGGGUGACGAGCUGGUCGUCCCGGAGACGUCAGACAACAGUAGGAAGCAGAUGGUUCGCAGCAUGAACAACAAGAGGCGCUUCUCCUUCAGGGUGCCCGAGGAAGAGCGACUGCAGCAGAGGAGAGAGAUGCUGCGAGAUCCAGAGAUGAGGAACAAGCUGAUCUCUAACCCCACUAACUUCAACCACGUGGCUCACAUGGGACCAGGAGACGGGAUCCAGAUCCUUAAAGACCUGCCCAUGAACGUCCGUGUUCAGGAGAGCCGCGCGGGCUUCAGCGGUUCAGUCAGCAUCCCCUCCAUCACCAAGAACCGGGGCGAGCCGGGCCGUUCCAUGAGCGCCAGCAGCGGACUGGGCAUACGCUCAUCCUCCCAGAACGGCAGCGCUCUCCGCAGAGAGCUGUCAGGAGGGAGCUACGGAUCCAAGCGGCAGACUAUGACCUCUCCAUCUGAGAGCUCCCUGUCCUCUGGAGGAGGCAUGGACUGUGGUGAUGCUCCUCUCUCACAGUUUGACAGAGAGUGGCAGGCAGUCUCACCGUCGGAGAAGACCCCUGAUCUGAAAAGGGCUUUAAGGACCCUGCUUAGUAAGAUGAAGGACUCGGACUCCCCCCGUCACUCCACGGCCUCCAACAGCUCCACCUUCAGCAGCCCCCCCAGUCCGGCCUCCCCACACAAGACCAAGUCCCUGUCCCUGGAGAGCACAGACCGCAUGGGCUGGGACACAUGAGCCUCCGCCAGCCUCUCGCCUCGCUCAACCCCACCAACCGACCGACCGACAGCACAGGACUCCUCUCCCUCCUCCCCUCCCCCCCACCACCUCCUCCACCGCAGCCUCUCGCAUCCUUUCUGAAUAUUUCCCCCCUCACUGCCCGGAGAACUGCACCUCCUGACGAACAUUUGUCCCACUUUACAACCUCAAUUUGUCUCUCAUCGUACUUCCAAGACGGGGCAGAAACACUGAGAAAGAGUGUGUCGUCUCUUUGAGGGAAAUCCUGAGGGAGAAGAUACGUUAAAGGAGUGUACAUGUGGGUGCUGAUGUUUGAGGGUGCAAAUGUGUGUGCGUGCGUGUGUGUGUGUGUUGAGAGAAGCUGUAUGCGCUCGCCAGCGUGUGUGCAUGUGUUUAUUCAGAAAGGGCAUAUGAUAUAGGAAUGAGAACCUCCCGACUCGGCUGUUUUUUUUGCUAUCAACCGAAGCGUCGAGCUCCGUCGACACCACCCUGUCCACGGCCCCAUUCAGAGACUCUAAAACCUCACGAUGCAACAAAAAGAGAAGAGGAUUAUUACUGAGAGAAAAUGAUUUGUACUUGUACAUAGGACCCUUUGGGUUUUAGGGGACGAUAUUUUAAUUUAUUUAUCAAUCUUAGACGAGGAAAGGGAGGUUUGCUUCAUGGCCUGAAUCAGACGGGUGGAGUUUAACCCCUCCUCACUUCCCUCCUUUGCUUUCUCUUUGGGUGCUGCAAAAAUUGAAAAUAUUAAAAAAAAGAGAGAGAGAGAGACAGAAAGAGAGAAAGGAAAGCAAUGAUUUUUUUUCUUUUGCUCAUGAUAUAAGUGCAGUGACUUUAUAAUAUUUUUAAUUUUGACCAUCAGCAAAAAGCUACAAGCAGCGUUAAUAAUGAUAAUGCCGGCUCGUAUGACAUCACAUUUCCUCUGUGCUACUCUCUUCCUCAUUGGAUCCGGUGCGAGCGACAUCAUCCAGCAGCCCUGGACGUGUCCUCCAUUGUAGUGUAGACGCUCCACUUUGCUGUACAACCAAACUGACCAACUCACAGGUUCCCAUCACAAUAAUGUACAUAGGUUCAAAGUAGAGAGUAAUAUAUGAUAAGGAAAAUACUAUAGAGAACUACACGGGAAAGACAAAAAAAUCCUCUUUGACUUUUAUUUUCCUUUUUAUUUUGUUCUGAGUGAUUUGGGGUUGUAUUCACACAAAAAGCCAUUUUAAACCACUUUUCCAGUUUUCUUUUUUUUUUUUUACCGACUGAUUUUAGAUUUGUUUUAUAUUGUAUGUACGACACGCAUUGUGUGUGUGUGUGUUUUUUUUUCCCCACUCAGUUUGCGUUUGAGUGAAGAAAUCUCAUGUAUGGAUCGACACUACUGCCCGUACUGUAGAGUGAACACGUGCAUUUAUCACACAUGUAUCCGCACACACACAUACUGAGGUGGUGUUUUUAUGCAGCAAAUGCCUUGUCCUGCUCCUCCUCUGACUGUCAGAGGGGAAGUGGCUCCGAUCAUUUAAUCAACACUUAAUGUGUGUGUGUGUUUCUAAAUUGGCUGUGGUACCUGGAUGGGAAGAUCAGUCAUUCCGCUGAGCUUGAUUUAACCAAAAAUGGACAAAAAGAGGGACAUUGUUUAGUCUUUCUGACAGCCUUUGCAUAUUCUGAGAAAGGUUUGCUUGAUUUGUUGAUUAAAAAGCAACGUUUAUGAGCUCUUGAUUUAAAAAAAAAAAAAAAACACUAAAUGAGAAUGUAAACACUUAAAAGUCAGCACCGUUUGUCUUGAUGAAGCGCAGAUAAAAUAACCUCUGCUCUACCUGUUGUCUGUAAAAUGAACAGGGCUGGAUCUGUAACCCCUCCCUGCAGGUGGUGUUUCUUUGGCCGGGUGGAGAGGCCUCUGAAAGAGCAUUAUACGGUUUGGCAGCUCCUGGCUGCAGAGCAGGGCAUUCACAGCCAAAAACCUGUUACCUCUGUUCAUCUCCUUCAGCUCACACACAGAUAGAAAAGCAUUUUACUUGAGGAAAUCGCUUCACAGGGCAGGACGAGGUUAAACUGUACGGAGCAAUGCGCACGGAGCUGCAAACUGUCCUGACAUGAAACACUAACUACACCGUGGUCACAAUGUGGUAUUAUCUGUAAGAAGAACGCACAUAUUGUACUCUAAUACUGGCCUGUUGUUGGUGACGGUGCAGAGUUACAGUACAGUGUCCUCCAGAAUCCUCCAGUUUAUUCCGCUUGUCUUGUUUGUGAGAAAGGGAAACAAAAACAAGUAGUUUGGUGGUCAUUCCUCGCCUGGACUCCCCUGUCGAAACACAACAUAGCUCUAAACAACCCAUUCCAAGUGUUCCUUUAGUAUUCCAUUUUAUAUGAAGAGAGAGGGAGAGGUCCGGAGCACCACAGUGCGACCCAGCUGGUUUUAUUCCAAACAACCACCUCGUAGAAACAUUAAGCUCGUGAGUCUCCUUAGUUCCUGCAGAAUGUACGACAGGGGCGACUCAGCCAGGUGUUUUAUUAUUGGCCCAUAUUGUACAGAAGUGACUGUAGACAUCCCAGCGUAAGGAGAGGGGAAAAGAAACUCAGGAAAUGUCAGAACCAAUGAAUCAUUUUCAUUUAGAUGAAGAUGAGUUUGUGUAAUGGAUGGAUGGCUGCAGUGAGUGAGUGAGGGAUACAUGAUGUACAGUAGAUGUGACCUGGGUGGAGACAGCAGGAAGAAAAGGAGAGGACUAGAAGAUAUAAGAGAAAUGUUUUCAGGGGUGACGGGUGACAGGUGGUUUGAUGGCUGAGGUGCCACAGUGGUAACAUUUACAAGGAAGAAAAUCUAAAAAAAAAAAAAAAAAAUUCAAACGCCUUUGCAUUUCAGUGAGGUCUUAUUUACAGUACCUUCUAUAUUAUUUUGCUCUUUCAUAUCAUAUUACACUUGUUUUUUUUUUUUUCUAGGAUUGCUUUGUAAUAAUUUGUACAGUUUUGCAUGUUAUAGAUGUAAUCAUUUUUGUUUUCGGUUUGUUGUUUUACUUGGACUUGCUCCUUUUUGAACGGUUUGGGCGUUUUACUGAGGAUAACCCACUACAGGUGAUGUAGAUUCUUUUUUGCACAAAAAAAAUAUUUAAGGUGUAAGGUCAAAACAAAAAAUAAUGUAUGGAACUGGCUGCCACACUUAUGUGGAGAACUCAUUAUAUUAACCUGACUCCGAUGUAUUUCAAUAAAGCGGAGGGCUGUUACAAAUACAAA